GGGAAUCGAAGUUAUGGUACGUGUGAGAUAGAGGAUUUAAAUUUAACUCCAGACGUGUGAGCUUUAUCUGAUAUGCACGUUUUUAGAUGCAGGUAGGUGAUAACCAUUUAAAUAAAAAGAUGUGGGUUUGAGGAAACUCGCCAAUUCUCCACAAUACCGACAUCGAAUAAAAUAUUGUAGCUGGGGCAUACAAACAUGGUGAAAACAAAUGAAAUUUCUGUCUUACAAAGGAUCUCUUGGUUAUUUAAUGUGAUAUUUCAUCAAAUAGUGGCAGUGUUAACCGUUUUUAUUUUAUGGAUAGUUUUUAAACAUUAUGAACUGAACGAGAAUUUUACAUGGCAUAUUAUAUUGUGCACAAUUGCGUACGUUCCUCUAAUGGCUGAAGCAGUCAUACUUUUCUGGGGCGAUAAUCUCUGGAGUCAGAACAUCGACAGGACGAAAAAGUACUGGAUUCAUGGCACCGUCUUGUUACUUAGCGCCGUUUCUGUAACAGUAGGAAUCAGUUUGUUGAUUCAAGCGGAGCCACCGGGUGCAAAACAUUUCUCCACUAAUCAUGGGUUAACAGGUUUGAUUUCGUGGAUUUUAGUUUUGCUUUCCGUAAUCUUGGGAUUUAUCUCCGCGAAUGCUCAAAAACUAAAGUUCAUAAUGCGUCCAGUGUUUUUCAAAUUCAUCCACAACUUGCUAGGCAUUGCUGGUUACGUCAUUGGUGCGGUGAGUCUGGGGUACGGCAUCAAUUACGGCAUCCUCGGACAAUUUUCGUCGAAAGACGCGGAAAGAGCUGCGAUAUGGUGUUUGGGAAUUGCUGUAUUUUGGAGUUUAAUUGCUGCGUUGAAGUCGUGUUAUAACCAAAUCAAAGAUAUUUUUAGUUCCUCAUAAUUUUUAGGUAUAAAAUUAAUAAAUAAGAAAAAAUA